AUGGAUUACCAGAAUCGCGCCGGCUCCAAAUUUGGUGGCGGUGGUGUCGCAUCCCAAUCCGCAACCAACGCAGACCGUCGCGAGCGUCUCCGCAAACUUGCGCUAGAAACAAUCGAUCUUGCCAAGGACCCAUACUUCUUCAAAAACCAUCUCGGCAGCUUCGAGUGUCGACUAUGUCUGACCGUCCACCAGAAUGACGGCUCCUAUCUCGCUCAUACCCAAGGUCGCAAGCACCAGACAAACUUGGCCCGUCGAGCGGCUCGCGAACAGAAAGAAGGCAAAGCUCAAGAUGGCGUUGUACCAGGUGCGAUGGGUGUGCAGGUCAAGAAGAAUGUCGUCAAAAUCGGUCGACCAGGCUAUAAGAUUACCAAGACACGCGACCCGAUGACACGGCAGUUGGGCUUGCUUUUCCAAUUACAGUAUCAAGAAAUCACACCAGGCGUCGUGCCGCGUGUUCGAUUCAUGUCGGCAUUUGAGCAAAAAGUCGAUGAUCCACCAGACAAGAAUUUUCAAUAUUUGUUAGUUGCGGCUGAGCCAUACCAGACCUGUGGCUUUAAACUUCAGGCUCGUGAGAUUGAUCGCAGGGAAGGAAGGUAUUGGACUUGGUUUGAUGAGGAUAGUAAGGAGUUUUGGAUACAGAUUAUGUUCAAGACUGAGCGUGAGGAGAGAUAUAGCGGUGUACCUGGUUUGGCGCCUCGGCCAUAG